AUGUACACCAUCUGUCAACCUUCCCAGUUCCCCACACUACUGUCCCAGGGACUGCUCUUCGUGUGGCCCGACGAGAAGGGCGGGGACAAGGCCAAGGCCACCAAGCCCCCAAUGCUGCCAAAAGAGUUCGAUGACCCGGCUUACUCCACGGUGACGAUCCAGAGGGAUCUCUUCUAUGGGUAUGAUACUCUGAUGGAGAACGUCUCCGACCCCUCGCACAUAGAAUUUGCUCACCACAAGGUAAUAUGCUGCUGUCUUCUGGUUUCAGAAUGCUUACUUGACUGCUGUAAUGGGAUUUCAUGCUACCUAUUAUUCUCCGAAAGUUAA